AUGGAUAUCGACUGGAGUGAACAUCGUUCGAAACUGAGGAGGUGUUUCUUUGGUAGUGACCGAUGGAAAUUGGCCGACAAAGACUCUGCACUGGAACGCUCAUUCUUUAGUUUUCUGAGGAAACUACAAGAACAACUGAAGAGGAGUAAUAUUCUCAUUUUGUUAUAUCUCACGAUGAUGCACAUUGAUUUUUUUGUUCAUAGAAGAAACCGUAAGGCCUGUAAGGAAGCAUCGAAUGAACCGCAAUAUAACCAUCUUGGUGUGCCGAUUGGACCAUUUCAACGACAUCUCACCUCCCGGGUUGCUGUUGAUGUGCGUCAUGAAGAGGAUCUUGACUUACGCGAUUUGGAGCUUUAUGUGGUUCAAGAAUUCAUCUAUGCGUUGUGUGGUUUCAUUCAAUUCGAGAAUCGUAAAAAACUCAAUCAGCUUAAGCAACUGCGCAAUUCACAGCGAAAUUUGCCAAUCGCAGCAAAGCAUCGCGAAAUUGUUGAGCAGCUUUCGAAGAAUCAGGUGCUCGUAGUUGCUGGCGAUACAGGAUGUGGUAAAAGCACACAGAAACUUGAUGAUAGGCAUGAUCCUCCAAACAAUACAAUCGAAAUCGCAGUAAUCCGAUACAAAUUCGAGGUACCACAAUAUCUGCUGGAAGAAGAUUAUGAUCGAAUAGCGUGUACACAACCGAGACGAAUCGCAGCCACAGCAUUGGCUCGUCGAGUUGGAUAUGAGACAUUAGAUGAGUAUGGCAGCAAGAUAGCGUAUCAGAUUCGUUUCGAGCGAACCAGCACCCUUCGAACACGUCUACUGUUCCUUACGGAAGGUUUGCUCUUGAGACAGAUGCAACUGGACGCUAAUCUUACGCAGUAUAAUGUGCAUGAACGAAAUCUGUGUGGUGAUUUCUUGAUGGGUUUACUGCGUGAACUGGUACGUCGACGCAGUGACUUGAAGUUGAUUCUGAUGAGUGCUACGAUCAACUUGGAACUGUUCACAGCGUAUUUCGAUAACGCUCCGGUUGUAAAGGUUUCUGGUCGUCUUUUUCCAGUUGAAGUACAAUAUCUGCCCAUCAAAGAGGGUGCCACAGAGACCAACGAACGUACAAAACGAAAAAGCAAAAUCGAUCCGUUGCCGUAUCUGAAUGUAUUGCAAAUGAUUGACGGGAAAGUGCAUCGUAGUGAACGAGGUGAUGCGUUGAUAUUUUUGAACGGUAUAUCUGAAAUGAGCACUGUGGCCGAAGCACUCAAGGUGUACGCGGAACAAACGAAACGUUGGAUUAUCCUUAUGUUGCACAGUACGUUGUCAACCGAAGAGCAGGACAGGGUGUUCGAUGUGGCGCCUCCAGGAGUUAGGAAAUGCAUUUUGAGUACAAACAUCGCCGAAACUUCGGUUACGAUUGAUCAGAUCCGUUUCGUGAUCGAUUCUGGCAAGGUGAACCUGGUGAAAUUUGACUCGAAAACUGGCAUGCAUUCUCUUCGUGAAUUUUGGACAUCACAAGCAUCUGCUGAACAGCGAAAAGGUAGAGCUGGUCGAACGGGCCCUGGAGUUUGCUAUCGCUUAUACUCAAAGGAGCAGUACUCGAAAAUGGAUGCGUUCACGAUCAGUGAGAUUCAUAGGGUUUCAUUGGAAUCGCUGGCAAUGCAGAUCGUUAAUAUGGAUAAUGUGCCAUUUACACCAAUGGAUUUUCCAUUCAUUGAGCAGCCGGAUAUGGGCGCUCUUGAAGAAGCGAUUGCAGCUCUUUGGAGACAAGGUGUUCUGGAACCGGGUGGGGCUAAAGCACUCACACCGCUUGGUAAAAUCAUCGUCACACUCCCGGUUGAAAUACCAAUCGCUAAGGUACUGAUUUAUGGAUGUGUAUUUGAUCAGUUAGAAGCAUCGCUGACGAUAGCGGCGAGUCUCACCGUGCAGUCACCUUUUACAAGUCGUUCGUUCCGUGAACCGGAUCAGUUGACUCGUCGGCAAGCGAUCAUGUCAGAUAGUGGUGAUCCAUUCGCGUUGCUCAACACUUUCAGAGAAUUCGUGGAUGAACAACGUCAUCGAGGUGACAUCCGCAAAUGGGGCCGAGAGCGUGGUAUUGACACACAACGUCUCUAUGAAAUAAGUCAACUACGACAACAAUUCAAGCAGUUGUUAGAGGAUGGUGGUUUUGUUGAGAAGAUGCUAGGAGAGAGUGGCAGCGAUCGACGAAUCAAUGCCGGUGAUCGAAAACGGCUUAAUGAAAUCAGAAAAGACGCAAGGUUCGAAGUGAAGAAACGUAAAGUGCUGAAAAGUGAUACGCAUUUCGAUUCGAUUAUGGACGCAGAAGAGAGUGAGCGUUCGCUGAUGGAUGACGUUCAAGCGAUGGAAUUCUACCUGAAGAAUCGUGAGCGUGGUAUCGGUGGUGUGUUGAGAUCACAUCGUCUCAACGAUGCAUCGCAGCAGAUUCUUAAAAUGUUGAUUACGGCUGGAGUGUACCCACAGUACGCCGUCCUUGAUCAGUAUAAUUCAUAUAAGGUUGGUAAUGAACUCUUUGCACAUACACGCAACAAACCAUUCGCGGUACUGCAUCCGAACAGCUGCAUCGCUCUAAUGCCCGAGGCGUUAGAUUAUGAUCGCAGUGACAAGGGUUUAUCACGAUACCAUCAACUGAUCGCGUUCGCAACCUUUAUGGAAACAACAAAACCGUACAUCUGCAACAGCCUGCGAAUCCCGGCUCUGAUGCUUUUAAUUGUCGCCAAAUCGGUGAAUUGUAUGGAAGAUGAUCACUGUAUUAUAUGCGAUGAUUUUGUGCAGUUUAAAUUUGUGCGUGCCACGGAUUUCUUCGUAACUGCUGAAAAUGUGGCAUCGAUUCGGAGACGCAUGAACGCUUCGUUGACCAAACGACUCAACGGUGAUCUGAGUUCGGAUGACUCACUUCCGUCGAGUGUUGUUUCCUUCCUACGUUCUGACGUCGAAUUCAUAAUGACUCGCCGCGCUUGUCCGGAUACAAAUGUGGAAAUCGGCUUCGUAAUGCCAUCAGGCGAGAAACUCAACGAAGAUGAUGAUGUAGAUGCUGAAUCGAUACCGUUUGGUUUCUUCAGCAAUUCGGAUAGAGACGCAAAAGUGAAAGAAGAUCUGGAAUCGAACAAAUCUGAUAGCCAAAAGAAAGGCAUCGAAUAUUUUUGUGAAUCUUGUAGCAAAACACUUCUAUUCAACUCAGCAAUUGAUAUUCUUCGACAUAAGCGUUCUCAUUGA